GCAAGAGAGAAUCGUUCUCACGAUGUCGAAGAGAUCUGCUGCGAAGGGGAAGGUGGACAACGCUGCCGUUGUCGAGGCAGAGAUCCACGGGUGGAAAUCGAGUAAGUGUACCGACUCCCAUCUUCUGGAUCUGGUGGGAAUGCAUCUUCUUCAACCCCGCAGCAUUAUCCAUUGGUGUGGGUCUGCUGGGGAAUCUUUUCCCCAUGAGGAAGGAAACAAAUCUGUUGUUUUCCUUCCUUAUGUUCUUCGGGGCCUCGGUUUUCCUGUUUCCGAUUUCUUCCGGGGCCUCCUUUUCCAUUGGGGGGGUUCAGGCGCAUCACUUGACCCCUAACUCUAUUCUCCACAUCUCGAUUUUCGUCCAUCUUUGCGAGGCUUUUCUAGGGAUCGAGCCCUACUUUGAUUUGUUUCAGUAUUUCUUCCAUCUGAAAUCCCAUCCCAAUGAUUCUAAGGUAGAUGUAGUUGGGGGAGCUGGGUUGCAAUUCCAUCAGGUGAAGCAACCCAAGUAUAUUCUUUAUGAUUUGAGUGAUAAGGUCAUCGACUGGAAGUCGAUGUGGUUUUAUAUUAGGAACCUUUCUUCUUCUCUUCCUACUCGCACUCCAGGCCCACCUGUGAAAAAGUCAAGUUGGAAUUCCAAGGGGAGCGGGGGGGGGGAUCAGGUUAAUUUCCUUCUUGAGGAGAUCGAGAGGCUGAAGGCGGAUCACCAGAUUUGCGGUGCUUCUGUUGUUACGCAUUGGUCGAUGUGGAGGAUCCAGCCAUUGCAGCAGUGGGUCCAUUUGGGCUUUCAGUAUACGGGAGGUGCGGAUCCUUCCCGUUAUAGCCGAUCCAAGAUUACUAAGGAUGAUCUGAAGGAUCGGGUGUUGGGGUUGUUGAAGAACGUGGCUGGGACGGCCAAUAGUGCUGGGACAUUCAGUGCUGGCAGGCAUCCACGGGAGAUUAAUCCCGAAAACUAUCAGAGUAGGCCUCCUCUGCCUAAAGAUGUGCCUUUGGCACAUACUGACUCAAGUGUGCCUCUGACUUCAUUUGUCUUUGGUUCGAAUUGACCAUUGGAUCCUUGAUUGACCUUAGUUGUAUCUUGU